GUUGAUGUGGUCCGCCGUGCAGAGGAGAAAGUUAGUGUAGAGACAGUGAGAGCAGCUCAGCGGGCUGAUUACCAGAGACUUCCUUCCUCCUCCGGGUCCGGGUCCGGGUACUAACAUGGAGUUGGAGUUGGGGGGGGGUUAUUAUAAAUGCGAGGAACAUAUUGUGUCAAACAAACAAGCUCACAGACUGCUGGCACGCGCAAGAAGUUGAACGGACGCACCCCGAGGUUCCAACAUGAAGGAUGUUACCGGACUCUGUGUGUUGGUGUUGAGUCUCCUGCUGGGAGGAACCGGAGGGACCGAUCCGGACAGCGGGUACUGCAUCGGGACCCGGUGCUUCACCGUGUUCACAGAGCCCAGCGACUUCACCACGGCAAGGGACCAAUGCACAGCUCGGGGAGGACACUUAAUGACAGUGCGGUCCACCGUGUCCAAUGAUGUCCUGCAGAUCCUGCUGGGGAACCUCAUGGGCCGGUUCUGGAUCGGUCUACAUCUGCAGACCGGCUGCCCGGACCCUGCUGCCGAGCUGAGAGGCUUCCAAUGGGUCACCGGAGACCAGGAGACCGACUUCUCCAAAUGGCCGCAGAGCUUCAACAGCAGCUGCUCUCCUCCUCCUCCUCGCUGUGUCUCCGUGUCCUCAGAGGACGAGUUCACAUGGACCCAGGAGCCGUGCGGAGAACCCGCGGCCGGGUUCCUCUGCGAGUACGGCUUCACGAACCCGUGUGAGAGUCUAACGGCCGCGCAGGGCGAGUCCGUCUCCUACAGGACCCCCAUGGGGUUCGUGUCUGAGGACGCGCUGUCCCUGCCCCCCGGGACCACCGCGGUCCGGAUGCCAGCAGAGACCAAGUACGUGUGUUUCUCGGAGCAGUGGCUGCAGGCGCCCUGGAGCUGCGAGAUCAAAGAGGGCGGCUGCGAGCACAAGUGCGCGGUGGACCAGGACAACCAGCCGGCCUGCUACUGUCCACCGGGCCAGGCCGUCCACCCGGGGAACCGGGUCACCUGCGAGGAGACACCGGAGGACGACCCGUGUCUGUCUCUGCGCUGCGAGCACGUCUGCCACAAGGACGGGGACAACUACACGUGCAUGUGCGACCAUGGCUUCAAGCUGGCGCGGGACGGCAGGGCGUGCGUGGACUUCAACGACUGCACGGACGAGCGCCAGUGUCCCGGGGACAACUCCGCGUGCGUCAACACCGUUGGCGGGUUCCAGUGCGUGUGCGAGGACGGAUACAAGAUGUCCAACGGGCUGUGCGUCGACGUGGACGAGUGCGCGUCCGCUCCGUGCGAGCACAUGUGCGCCAACAGCCCCGGCAGCUACCAGUGCUCGUGUUAUGACGGAUAUAAAGAGGACCCGAAGACACCCAAUAAGUGUGUCCUCCACUGCGGACAUGAGGAAUGUCCUGCUGAGUGCGACCCCAACGACCGGUUCCAAUGCUACUGUCCGGACGGCUACAUAGCGGAGGAGAGGACCGACCACACGGUCUGCAUCGACAUAGACGAGUGCUCCUUCUUCUACUGCGACCAGGACUGCAGGAACACGUUCGGCAGCUACGUGUGCACGUGCUCUCCGGGGUACACACUAGUGGGACAGUACCGGUGCGUGAAGAACGAGGACGACACGGAGACAGACGGGGGGAUGGAGGGAUCCGGAGCGAGUCCGAGUCCGGGUCCGAGCAUCCCCACAUCUGCAACAUCAGGGGUGCCACACCCGGAUCCAGAUCCGGAUCCGACCAGGCAGCCGUCCUCGGGGGUGUCGGUGGGGGGUCUCGUGGGGAUCAUAGUGUGCACUGUGUGUUUCAUCGUGUUCCUGGUGUUUCUGGCUCAUCACAUCUUUAACAGCAAAGGGAAGAUGGAGAGCAGCAAAGCUCCGGAGGAAGAAGCGCACCGGUUAGAGCAGGUGAAGAGUGAUGAGUAGAGAAAAGAAAGAAGAAAAAGACAGUUGAAGUAAACGACAUGUGAAUGUACAGGUGAAAAGCACAGAGACAGUUUUGACAGGUUUUUGAAAUGAUGUAGAUUUCUCAGCCAAACGAUUAGCGACAGAUAUCCACUGCCUUGGAGGAGGACUGGUUUUUAUCUGCCGUUCAGCUCAUACAACACCAGAUGCAAUGUAGUAAAAGGUGACAAAGAACUUUUUUUUUUUUUGCUGGAACAUCAUGAAAUUAUAAAAAAAAGUGAAUGAAGAACAUUCAGUUUUUUUCUUUUUAUAGCCCUCUCAGCUCAAUGUGGCCUCAGACACAGGCCGACUGCUCCACCCUGUGGAGAAACAAGAGACCUACAGGUCAAACAACCUCACAGUUCACCACUACAUUUCAAUUCAUUUUUUAUAUGGCGUCAAAUCAUAACAGAAGUUAUUUCGGGACGCUUUUUAUAUAGAGCAGGUCUGGACUAGGCCUGUGUAUUGGAAAGAAUCUGGCGACACGAUCAUGAUACAGGGGUUAUAAUACAAUAUAUUGCGAUACUGUAAGCAAGGCAAUGUAUUGCGAUUUCUUUUAUCUAAUUUGGGGAUAACUGUCAUAGUAUAAAGAACACACAACCAUAUGCAUAAAAUCUGAGUAAAAUACACUGAGAGCAUGCAUCUCUUUGCCAAUGAAAUAAAGUAUUGACUGAGUUAA